AUGGCCUCUUGGAUCAUGGUGUUGGUCUGGAUAUGCAGCUUUUCAUAUCCGGCAUUUCGAUUGUAUGACAAGUCGUGCAGGCAGCAGCGGCUUUGCACUUUCCCGCCUGAAGAGUGGUUUGAUGAUCGCUUGCGCCUGGCUGGUUUGAACUUGAAGCCACAGCACCGGAGCAAGCAAAAUGUCCGCCCUCUCAAAGCGCGGGCUCUAUGUGAUAUCGAGCCAGGCAAGUUUAACAGCGGCAUUUUGACUCCUUGGACUCUGGAAGAAGACUUCCAGCUGCGAUACCUCCGCUGCCCAGUCGAUGCUUACAGUGUUCGUGUUAAGGCGUGUUGGGAGGUGGAAGGCUCCGGCAUUCCAAACACUGCUUGCGAACUUCACUUCAGGCAGAGCUUGAAAGGUGGGGAUGGGAUCACUUUGGUUUCGCUUCAGCACCCGAUGUUCAUGCCUCGGCAGUGUGAUGUGAACGACUUGAAAGUCCACAGCAGCGGGCAUCCCGAGUCUGUUUUCACAGUGGAGGCGGUAGCUGCAUCGCGAGGCCUGGAGGGUCCCUGCGUGGCCAUUGCGAUGCCCGACACCUUGGUCGAGUUGAUGCUCCGAGGCAGAUGGUCCGAUAUCAUCCUGUUGCAAAGAUGGCACACAUCCGCAUGUCCUGCUCAAGUCUUGUUUGCCAACUGGCCGCCUUUACAGUGGAAGCCACAGGAUGUGCCACUUCCCGUGGCUAACACUGAGUUGACUGUCGAAUCCUUGGAUCAGCUCGCGCAGACUGUCAUCUCAUGGGUGCCGCUCUUGCAGGGUCAAGCCCACCCGCAAGCUGCGGCAAUUGAGCAGGACGGCGAAAGGGACGUUGAUUUGGAUCUUGACGCAGAUGUCUUGACAAGUGUCAGUCGUGUCGUAGCAACCUUGAAGACUUGGCGGGACACGUUGAGGGGAUCACAGCCGAAGUUUUUUGGACGUGGCCAACGUAUGCAUGAGGCGACCAAACUGCUGGCAUACUUGCGUUGCGCCUGGAGUGCAAGGUCCACACACAACCUGGAUCAAGUUCUUGAGAGAGCUGUGUUAGCAGUCAUGCCGUGGCCGAUGUCGCAGGGAGAGAACCGUGCUGCCAAUUCCACUGGGUGUGUUCGGUUCCUUUGGGCUGAUUCCUCACCUGAUCGCUUUCACGAUUGGUUAUGGGCUGAGCAACAUUACAUCAGCAGCCAGGAUGCAGUGAUGCGUUGCUUCGAGGCAUUCCAACAAGUGGCAAGUUGGCUGAAGACUCCAGGAGUGGAUGCGUUCCAGAUUCCGCAACCAUGUGAGAAUGCUCUGCAGACGUUGUCGUCCUGUCUGCAGCAUCACGUUCACUGUCCAGUGGCUUUGGGCGGUGGCAAAAAAAUGACAGACUUGGCUCAGAAGGGGGCUGCGUUGGCCCACACUUUCUCUUUAGAGAACCCAGACUGGUCGCAGCUUCUGAAAUACUUGCAGUCCUUUUGCAGCAUUACAACAGACCUGGGAACUGAAGCUGGUUUGAGUCACUUGCGAGUGACUUUGCAGGGCUUGUUCCCAGCUUGGCGUGACUUGGACCCCAUGGAGUUGGAUGGGGAAGACCUUGGCGACGGCCCUGAUGCCGACCCCUAUCCUCCGCGGCCAGAUGUGUUGCUCGACAGAUACUUUUUGGAGAACGCUCUUCCUGUGAUGGGGCUUCAGCAUGUCGUCUUCAACCUAUUAAAGGAGGUCCACACCACGCUUCCAUUCUGGAAGCCUGUGUUUCAGGACUUGAAGAACGUCGAGGCUCUACUCAACUGGAAGUUUCGACGGAAUCGAUUUAUAGCCACUUGCCUUCGUGGUACACCUUUCGCUAGCCAUGAGUGGCGCUUCGAGAACUUCACGCAGGGCCUAUAUGAAGCACGGUGGCACGAAGUUGCCAAAUUUGUGAACAAGCUUCUCCCGCUUCUUGGAACGCUACGUGCCUGUUGGGAUGCCGACAAGUUCGAAAGUGCAGACUUUGCUGAGGAUAACGGUGCCGGUGCUCUUCAUGAAGCUACUGGUGGCAGUGCAGGCGGCUUCAAUCCGGCGGCUCUCACUACGGCUCUGCGCUCACCGGAGUUCGCGGUGAGAGUCGUUCUCAUCGCUCGCUUGGAGGCUUUGCCGGAGGACCUUGCGGCCUGGGCGGAGCGUUGCCCGUGCCAUGGCAAGGGCAGCAGCCAGUACCAUCGGGCGAAGCUUUUGCGGUGCCACUUCGGCGUACCUCUUUGUCCGAUGGCUGGCAAGAGGGCGCCAGAGCUGGCUGCGGGCAGGAUGCGAGAGGUGUUCGACGAGCUGGCGGCGCAAACACUCACAGAACUUCUUGCUGAUGCCCCCCUGCCGCUUUCGGCAGAAAGCCAAGGGAGUAUCAUGCAGGACUUUCAGACCGCCUGCCAGCACGUUCGUCUGCUUCUGACAACUAAGUUGGACCACUGGAGUCGUCUCCCGUGGGUUCUUUGUGGGCUUGCACACAGUGACGAAGGCGUAGCUCGGGAUCUUGCGGGAGAAAUCCGAACAAGGCUGCAGAAUGCCCCGGAAGCAGACCUCCAUCAUCGACUGACUCGCCGAUUCCUGCAAGGCGCCUUGCGUGAUGAGCUCUGCAGAUUCGCGGACGGCGCUGCUUUUGCAGACUUGAGCCCGGAGUUUCGAGCUGCCGUUGCACCUUUGCGAUUCAUCCCUAUCACAGAAACGAUGCACCGAAGGGAUACCCACGCUGGACCUGUGGUUGUCAGUAUGCACAAUCGCAUGGUUGUACUGGAGAAACGAAUCGUUGCCGAAACGUCGCCAGGUUCCAGCUUCUUCGACAGCAUUGCAAAGCAAUUGACGUCAGCUCGUCAUUUGACGGCAGCCCCAUCCAGGCUUGGAGUGCAGCGUCACCCUCUCCUCGUGGCCUGCGAGGACAAACGUGGAAAGGCUGCGGUUUCGGCGUACCUACAGAAACCCUUGACUGCAGUGAUCUACCGAACAGAUAUCACCAGUCAGUACAUUGACCUGUCUGAAGCCCGGCAGACACACAACCAGUUCCAUCAGGGCAACAUGAAAGAUAUGCAGGCAGUCUUGAAACAGCUCGCUGCUCCUGGAGAGGCAGCACACGGAUUCGAGCAACUGAAGCAGAUGAUGAUCUUGGAGCACUUCCGCUUUGUAGGCAAGCCCUUGGCGCAUUCUCGACCAACAUUGUUUUCCAUGCCUGCAAGAUCCAGUCUGGCUUUGCAAAGUUUAGCGACCUUCUUUGAUCAGCCACAAGCCCAGCAAGGCCGUGUUGCAUCUACGGCGUCUACGGGUGCUCUUGAAGCCGACGGAGCUGAUGAUCCAUCGCAGGAUGCGUCGCGUCACUUUUUCAGCAUCGUAAAGGCGAAGCCCAGCGCAAACAAGCGCAUGUUUGUGCAUCCCGGUUCAGGGCGGUCGCUGGCGUCGCAACAUGUUGCGGUUGCCCUUCAUGUCGCAGCGACCUCAACCGUACCAGGCAUUCAAGAAAGCUCAUGCGUACAUACAUGUAUGUUUUUUACCUACGCAGGUGAUAUCUUGAUUGUUCACGAUCAACCCCGAUCCAGAGGGCAAAGACAUUCAGACAAUGUUGCCAUCCUAACAUCGUUGGGCGGGUCAGCUGCUGAGGUAGAAGAUGGUCUGCAGACCUGGUCGGUCAAAAAGGAACCGUCGUACAUGCUGCCUGCGGCUUCAGAGCCAUUGAAUGACAUGGUAACCCACAUGGUACGUGAUGGGUAUCUGGCAGAGAAGGGAGAGUUCUACGUCCCAGAAGUUGAUCUUCGUGCAGACACAGAAGCUUUGUGCGAACAGGGGCUUUUUUCAUGCAACGACAUGGGCGGCUUUGCCCUGACCAAAAAGGGCAUGCAAAUGCUGUCAUUGCGAUGGUGUGCGACAAGCCCAAGUCCAGCUUGUAGCAUCCGUGACGUCGAUGUCAUGGAGUUGACCACUUACGAGCUGCACAAGAAGUUGGAGCAGACUGGCUUUGUUUGGCAUCCUUGGCCACAGUCAAAGAAACGCCGGCAGGCCAUUGCACCGUACGUUCCUGGCAAUGACAAGGUGUGGUACUCGAACCUAGCUUUGCCGAUGAAUGCCUACCUGAUUGCUUUGUUGCGAGCGGAGGACAUCAUUUCUGCAGGACAUCGCUAG